UCCCUGCUGGAGGGGGAAAAGGGCUUCGUCUCUCGCGAGGGCUGCAUAGGGUAGGUGACCCUGGAGGAGAAGAUUACAGCAAUUGCUUGGGAUCACAGAGGAACCUAGAAAGAUAGGAAGCUGCCUUAUACCAAGUCAGACCAUUGGGCCAUCCAUCUCACUAUUGUCAACCAUCACUGGCAGCAACUCCUCAGGGUUUCAGACAGGUGACAUCCUGCCCUACUUGGAGAUCCUUGAAACUGACCCUGGGAUCUUCUUCCAGGAAGGCUGAGAGAGGGAGGCUGCACGGUGGGGAAAGAAUGAACUUGGUCGCACCUCUAAUUAGGAGGCCAAAAAGCCAGAAUUGGCAGGAAACAAAAGAGUUCCUUCAGCCUCUUGGAGGCUUUUCUAGAGCAGAUCACAGAUGGAUGGGGAAGACUCAUCUGGCUCAGAAGCAGGAAGAGGCUCCCAUAUCACCCAGGCUGGGAGCAGUGGGGGACUCUGGGGAAGAACCAUGCAGACGGUCUUGGGUGAGGAGGACACACUCAGCUCAGAUGUGCAGCGGCAACAGUUCAGGCAUUUCCGCUACCAGGAGGCCAAGGGACCCCGAGAGGUUUGUAGCCGACUGCACCGUCUCUGCCGGCAGUGGCUGAAGCCAGAACGACACACAAAGAGUGAGAUCCUGGACCUUGUGAUCCUGGAGCAGUUCUUGGCUGUCCUUCCACCAGAGAUGGAGAACUGGGUGAGGGAAUGUGGAGCGGAGACCACUUCCCAGGCAGUGGCCCUGGCCGAAGGUUUCCUCCUGAGCUGGGCAGAGGACAAGAAGCAGGCGGAGCAGCAGAGAAAGGACCCGUUUUCAGAAAUGGCCACUGCUUUCCUUGAGGCAGAGAGGACUUCAUUGGAUACCAUACAGAGGCCUCUGGGAGAUGGAGUGAUGCUGGCAAGGCCUCCUCAGCCGUCUCUUCCUUGUGACUAUGGAGAACCAGCUUCUGUGGCACUGGAUCAGGGUCCAGUGUCCUAUGAGGAUGUGGCUGUGAAUUUCACGGAGGAGGAGUGGGCCCUGCUGGAUCCUGACCAGAGAGUUCUGCAUAAAGAAGUCAUGGAGGAGAACUGCAAGAUUGUGGCCUCUCUUGAAGGAGGUGAACUGCAAACCAAGAAUAAGGGAGACCCUGAUAAAAUCAGCACUGUGGAGAAGCCAUAUAAAUAUUUGGAGUGUGGAGAGAGCUUCAGUCAGAGCUCCUAUCAAAGAAUUCACACAGCGGAGAAACCCUAUCAAUGCUUAGAAUGUGGAAAGAGGUUCGGUCUGAACAAAGACCUUGUUUGUCAUAAAAAAAUUUACACUAGAGAGAAUCCAUUUCAUUGUUUGCAAGAUGGAAAGAAGUUUAGGUGGAAGGAAAGCCUCACUUUCCAUCAGAGAAUUCAUACCAGAGAAAAACUAUAUCAAUGCUUGGUUUGUGGUAGAAGCUUUAAUACAGGCAUAGACUACUGUCAUCAUCAAAGAAUUCACAGUGCGGACAAGCCAUUUCAAUGCUUGGAAUGUGGAAAGAACUUCAGUCAGAGCUCCAAUCUCAUUUCCCAUCAAAGAAUUCACAGCAGGGAAAAACCAUAUCAGUGCUUGGAAUGUGGAAAGAGCUUUAGCCAGAGCUCCAAUCUCACUUCCCAUCAAAGUAUUCACACAGGGGACAAACCAUAUCAGUGCUUGGAAUGUGGAAACUGCUUCACCUGCAAGGCCAGCCUUACUUACCAUCAAAGAAUUCAUACAGGGGAGAAGCCAUAUCAGUGCUUGGAAUGUGGAAAGAGCUUCAGAGACAGCUCCCACCUCACUUCCCAUGAAAGAAUUCACAGUGGAGAGAAACCAUAUAAAUGCUUGGAAUGUGGAAAGAGCUUCAGUCGGAGCUCCAAUCUCACCUCCCAUGAAAGAAUUCACAGCUUGGAGAAACCAUAUCAAUGCAUGGAAUGUGGAAAGAGCUUCAAUCAGAGCUCCAAUCUCACUACCCAUCAAAGUAUUCACACAGGGGAGAAACCAUAUCAGUGCUUAGAAUGUGGAAAGAGGUUCCGUCUGAACAAAGACCUUGUUUGUCAUCAUAAAAUUCACACCAGGGAGAAAUCGUAUCAGUGUUUGGAAGAUGGAAAGAGGUUUAAUCAGAGCUCCCACCUCACUUCUGUUAACACACGUGUCUAUUGGGAACCUGAGUGUGUGAACCUGCCACCCACGUGUCCCAUUAAACACGCCUCCUUGAGAGGAGGGGAAUCUUUUGCUAGGGAUAAACCAAGUGCUUUGCUCUGAAAUGUGCCUAAAUGGUGUAACCCAAGAAAUGCAGGUCCAAACAGGCUAAAGCAAAGCUUUCUUUUACUGAGAGAAAAGAGAAGAAUAGCGAUACAAAAGGACUGGGUGCAUGGCAGCAUUUCCCAUUAGUACUCUAACCCAAACUAAAGAGAUAAAAGGUCUCUACUGCUAUAAGGAAUGACAGGUAGCAGAGAUUACCUAUCCUAGGCCCAAGGAGUGGGCAGUGGGAUUCAGCUGAAGUGACAUGAAGGAGCCAAAAAGGAAGAAGGACCCUCUUUGCCUCAAGGUUUGCACCGAGACACAGACUCCUUCCUGAACUGUCGCCUGCAGUCCUGCGCUGUGCUCAUUGAGAGCGUAGUUACAUGUUGGAGCUCAGAAUCUCUAUCUUGGGUCUCAAAUCCUGCUCUUAAAUACACUUUCCCUCUUACAAAUCAACGUGAAAAGAAAGGGUCUGGGGAUGAGGUGAUCUCACAUUGUGUGUGUGUUUCUUACUGACACUCAGAAAAACUAAGGCUACUUUCUAAUGCUUUCUGUAAACAAUGGGAUCAUCCUGCUAAGCUUGAGGGAAGCCUGCCAAGGACGAGGAUAACAUUUAAUUCAGUGUCUUCUUGUUCCUCUUUGGUUGCCAACAAAAUGGCCUUGCUUCUGUCCUCUCACAGCACUUCAGGAAGGCACAACAGGAGGUAUGGGGUGGGAAGUGUAGUCCAGAAUACUUGCCAUCCCUUUGAGUCUCAAUGAACCAAAUUGGAGGUUAGCCAGAGCACUCCUAACAUUUCCCAUGGAAGAAUUCACAGCAGAGAAAAAACAUUAUCAGUGCUGAAAAUGUGGGAAAAGCUUCAGUCGGAGAGGCAAUCUCACUUUCUAUGAAAAGCUUCACAACGGGGAGAAACCAUAUCCGUGUUUGGAAUGUGGACAGAGAUUCAGCUCAAGGGAAAAUUAUACUUGCCAUCAAAUAGUUCAUACAGGAGAGAAACCCUAUCAGUGCUUUGAAUGCGGAAAGAGCUUCACCACCAAAGGAAAUUUCACUUCCCAUCAAAGAGUUCCCAGCAGGGAGAAGCCAUAAAAGCAGUCGCAGCUGGUGGUCACUGGACCUGGCAGGGCUGCUAAGAGGUCCGUGAGGCACGGUUUGCGGGUUUGCCAAGGCUUGGUCAAGUUGCUCUGUUGCAAAGGGACUGUGGGCACUUAAGCAUUACAACUGUACAAUUACAUACUAAAGUGAAAAGUGGCUCAUUUGGUUCAGAAGUCCCUGCUGUCCCUGUCGCUUCUCUGCUAGGAGAAAAAUUGUGUGGCCUUCAUCUGUUCUCAUUCUUUCCCCAUCCUCUGUUGCAAACAAACGGUGGACACUUAAACAUUACAGUUGUGCACAUGAUGUAUCACUGAACACCAAAGUCCGGAUCGUUCAGACCAUGGUAUUCCCGAUCUCUAUGUAUGGAUGUGAAAGUUGGACAGUGAAAAAAGAGGAUAAGAGAAAAAUCAACUCAUUUGAAAUGUGGUGCUGGAGGAGAGCUUUGUGCAUACCAUGGACUGUGAAAAAGUCAAAUAAUUGGGUGUUAGAACAAAUUAAACCAGAACUGUCACUAGAAGCUAAAAUGAUGAAACUGAGGUUAUCCUACUUUGGGCACAUCAUGAGAAGACAGGAUUUGAUUCCACAAAGGAAGCCACAGACCUGAACUUACAAGAUCUGAACAGGGUGGUUCAUGACAGAUGCUCUUGGAGGUCACUGAUUCAUAGGGUCGCCAUAAGUCGUAAUCGACUUGAAGGCAAAUAAAAACAACAAAACAUGCUUAGCACUUAAAUGUCUAACUUUGUUUCAGAAUUGCUGUCACAAUUUCUAGCGUGGGAUCAUGCCGCAAUAACCUUGCAUUACACAGAAGUAAGCCUCACUGAAUUACAUACGGAUUUUUCGCUGAUAAUUAGGAUUGUACCUUGAAUUGAUUAGGCUUAAAGGUGCCACUUAGGACUGUUGAGGAAGGUCCCCAUAAAUUUCCAGACCUGCGGGAGAAGAUUAUUCCUAUCCCCCAGUUCAUUUAAUUUUUAUGUCUUCUUUCCAGAAUGUAGAAUAAGAUGGAGGUUUUAUUUUGUACGUCGCCCAGAGUGGCUGGAUAACCAGUCAGAUGGGCGACAAUAAAUUUAAUAAUAAUAAUAAUAAUAAUAAUAAUAAUAUUAAGUGGCCUAGGACCUGAUCCGGGUUAAAAUCACCACUUGGCCAUGAAGCUGAGUGUGUGACCUUUGACCAAUUAUUGUCUCUCAGCCUAACCUACCUCACAGGAUUGUUGUGAGGAUAACAUUAGAGGAAAGAGACCCAUGAAAGGUGGAACAGAUAUAAGUGCAGGCCUGUAACCAGGGUGGGGCAAAUGGGUGUGCAUUGUUUUCUUUUUAAUUCAUGAGAUGACAGACGACAACCGCUAUGUAAAGAAUGACAGCUUGUUUUAAGGACAGGAACAAUUUGAGAAUAGGACCCUCUGAAAAAUUUGGGGAAUAAGGCAGGGAGAGUGCACAACAAACGCCCAGAGCUUGGAAAAGUUACUUUUUUGAACUACAACUCCCAUCAGCCCCAGCCAGCAUGGCCACUGGAUUGGGCUGAUGGGAGUUGUAGUUCAAAAAAGUAACUUUUCCAAGCUCUGCGAAAGCCUCAUUUGGAAGAGCCCCCAAAAGUCUGCUCACUCAAAAAUUUCCCUCACUGAGGGUGGAUUUUUCAUGAUCACAAUCACCAUAUAAUUACUAAAGUGAUUCUGUGGAAAAAAUCACAGCCUGUAUAGUAACAUGAGCCUUAAAGAGUUAUAUAUUAGAACUUUGUAUUAUCUGCUAGAGUUCGACUCCACUCCUUGGACCUUUUUUGCUCAACUUUUCAUUUUCACUUUCUGUUGUGUUUUCUACCCAGCCAGCAAUAAAGAAGCAUGUUUGUCUGUAGUAAGAAAUAAGACUUUGUUUAUUCUGCAGCUAUUAUAAUGAGUAGAGCAGGAUUGGGUGCUUAUUGCUAAAGGGUGAAAUAAACAGAUAACUUAAAAGUGAUCUGAAAGAAGGCUACCCUUUCCUUUGUUAAAGCGUUCACUAUACUCACAAUCAUAGUGGCUAUUUGCGUCUUCUUCUUUUGGCUACUUGAUGGCAAAGGAUGAAAUCAGCCCUAUAGAAAUAUUGCUGUGUACACAACAGUUAGUUAGCUGGCUGGCUGAACAUCUAUGCUGUAACUCAGGUUUAAUUUCUGAUUUUCCCAAUAUGUGAAGCUCAGGUCCUGGGCCCAGCGCUCUUCAACAUUUUUAUUAACGACUUGGAUGAGGAGAUACAGAGCAUGCUUAUCAAAGUUGCAGAUGAUACAAAAUUGGGGAGCAUAGCUAACACCAUGGAAGACAGAAACAAAAUUCAAAGGGACCUUGAUAGGCUGGAGCAUUGGGCUGAAAACAACAGAAUGAAAUUCAACAGGGAUAAAUGCAAAGUUCUACACUUAGGAAAAAGAAACCAAAUGCACAGUUAUAAGAUGGGGGAUAUUUGGCUCAGCAAUACGACAUGAGAGAAGGAUCUUGGAAUUGUCGUUGAUCACAAGCUGAAUAUGAGCCAACAGUGGCUGCAAAGAAGUGUGAUGUGGCUGCAAAAAAGGCAAAUGCUAUAAUAGGCUGCAUUAACAUAAGUAUAGUUUCCAAAUCGCAUGAAGUAUUAGUUCCCCUCUAUUCAGCACUGGCUAGGCCUCAUCUUCAAUACUACAUCCAGUUCUGGUCUCCACUCUUCAAGAAGGAUGCAGACAAACUGGAACAGGUUCAGAGGAGGGCAGCAAGGGUGAUCAGAGGACUGGAAACAAAGGCCUAUGAGGAGAGACUGGAAGAACUGGGCAUGUUUAGCCUGGAGAAGAGAAGACUUAAGGGGAGAUAUGAUAGCACUCUUCAAAUACAUGAAAGGUUGUCACACAGAGGAGGGCCGGGAUCUCUUCUCAAUCGUCCCAGAGUGCAGGACACGGAACAAUGGGCUCAAGUUGCAGGAAGCCAGAUUUCGACUGGACAUCAGGAAACACUUCCUGUUAGAGCCAUAUGACAAUGGAACCAAUUGCCUAGAGAGGUAGUGGGCUGUCUCGGUAUAAGAUACCUUCAUGUCUUUCUAUGUCUCUUUAUGUCCUCCCCUCCCCAAAUACAGCCAUGUUGUCCUCCAGUCUCACUUGGACCUACCCUGAGUUAAAUAA